AUGGGGUGUCUACAGUCUAGAAAUCAGUAACUUAUAGAGGAACAAAAGGAAUAAGCAGCUAUGAAUGAACAAGAUAAGAGUAAGGAUUGUUUUACUAUAGGAUAGAUAACAAUUUAGAUUUGGUCAGUUGUCCAUGUUCAGAGAGGGACAAUAGUUAGAACAAAUCAACAAACAGAGUGUCUAUUGAGGAAUGUAGGAACUCUUUUAAUCGAAGCAUCGAUCUGAUGCAAGAUAUCAAUAAAAAAUUGGAAGCAUUUUCAGGAAAUGAUUCAGAUCUAUCAGAUAGUGAAUUAUAAUGAUAUUAGUAUUUUAUAAGGCUG